GCUGCACCGAGCUCAGUGCACGUACAAUCCACCCGCCCGUAAUUUCCAGUACGACCAAAGGUGCUUCAGAGACACGUCCCAGGGCUGGAAAGAGCCCUCUGUGAUCAGGCAGUGCCGCUGGAAGGUGCAAAGGCAGGGAGGAGGCCCGGGCAGGGGCAAAGAGCCCCUAUGGGACGGAAGCUAAUGGAAGUGGGGUGGCUGGGUUGGAGGUGGGCUAGGCAGGCAGUGAGGUGGACCGAGGCUGGGUGGGUCGGUGGACGGGAAGCCACAUCUUGCAUAGCAUGGAGUUCUCCUUGCAGAUUCCUAGGAACGGUCUCUUCCCCUUCCCCCUUUCUGUGCCGCCCUCUUCUGGGAUCCUUUCCAGGCUGGACAGAGCCGUCCACUCCACCUCCCAUCCGCCUGAUCUCUUUCCGAAGGGCCCUCUGCUGGCAGAGCUGACGUGCUUUAGCCUCGAGGCUGCCUGGGAUCCUGGAGAAACGCAGCUGGGUUAGAAUUUGAGCGGAGAGGUACGAGGUGGGGGGAUCCGGAGGGGCCGCUCGGGGCUGUGUGCACGAAGAGGCCGACCGUGAGCCGGGUUUGUGUGUCUGCACCUGCUCCACAGCUUCCACGGGGCCGCGAGAACCGCCGCGUCGCCCAGACCCUGCUCCAACACCUGCCGGUGCCGCUGCGCCAGCCAUGGUCCGCCUGCGAAGCUGGGCCCUGCGCUGGGCCCUGCUGGGUGCCGGGACCCUGCUGCUUCUGUACCAAGCCAGGACCCACUACAGCCGGGGAAGCUUCCCGAGCUUUUCCUACAGGGAUCCUCUCGGCGCUCGCCAGCCUGGAGCCAGAGCCAUGACAGCGCAGGCACCGGUGACCCCGCUGGGCAGUAGGGCCCCCAGCGCCACGCUGCAGCCGUUCUUGGGGGACCUGUAUGGCCGGGACGAGACGUACCGGAACUCGAGGUGCCCCAUUGGCAUCAGGAAGAGGAUCGCAAGCACCAAGUUCAGCAGCGUCUUCCUGGAGGCCAUCCCAGUGCUGCAGUGGGCCCGGCAUGCCCGGCUGGCUGAGUAUCAACGCCUGCGGAGCUACGGGGGGGCCCACGGCUGGCAGGAGGUCGGCUGGCCCGUUGUGAGGGACGCGCUGACCCGUCUCAACACGUCGGCCAAUGAGCACAUGUUCGACGCCCGCCCCGGAGCUGCUGCGGGCGUCUCCCCCUGCGUCCGCUGCGCCGUGGUGGGCAACGGUGGUAUCCUGAAUGGCUCCCGGGCAGGGGCUGCGAUCGACCGGCACGACUAUGUCUUCAGGGUCAACGGGGCCCUCACCAAGGGCUUCGAAAGAGACGUGGGCCGCAGGACCUCCUUCUACGUCUUCUCCACUAACACCAUGAUGAAUUCGCUGCAUAACUACGCCAGCGAUGGCUUCCGCCAGCUGCCCCAGACUCUGGAAACCAAGUACAUCUUCCUCCCGGACCACGACCGAGAUUACCUGCUGCUCCGGGCAGCCCUGACCCACCGCCCUGUCAACAGAGGCCCAGAUGAGGGUGCUCGGUUCCUUCGCUCUGGCAUUUUGGACACCCCGCAGUGGAGGCUGUACCGUCCCUCCACUGGGGCAGUGAUGCUGUUGGCUGCCCUCCACACCUGCGAUGAGGUGAGCGCUUACGGGUUCAUCACCCCCGACUACCAGGCCUACUCCGAUCACUACUUCGACCUGACGCACAAGGCCCUGGUGUUCUACGCCAACCACGACCUGCAGCUGGAGAUGAGCCUGUGGCAGGAACUGCACCAGAGCCGGCUCCUCACGCUGCACAUGAGAGGCUGAAGAUCAGGUCUGCGCUGGGCAGUGCAGAGUGAAGGGAUUGACGCACCGGCUCAGACGGGACCUGGCUGGUGGGGCGCUGGGGCAGAGACACCGGCACUGCACUGGGAACAAACCCUGCGUCAAGCGUGAAGCUGGGACCUAGACCUCAGGGAAGGAAAAGCCCCGUUGGACUGUCCAGCUGUCGCCCCACUGUGCUCAGGGCAGGACGCUGUGAGCUGGGACGCGGCUCCUGCACCUUGCCUAGCGCUUUCAAGCCUCUCCCUUCGGGGUCAGAGUUCGGCUGCGCUUCACUUGGGCAUCUACAAUCCCCGGGCCGGAUUCCCAGCUGCUGUGAACCGCUCCCUGGAUGGGACAGCGGCUCAGGCUCCAGCCCUCCCCCAUUCUCUUUGCAUCAUUUUUUAAAUGUGACUUGAACUGUAGCGAGAUCAUUGUACCCCCAGGUAUUGUGAUCUCCACCUGCUCCAAACCAGCCGGCCCCAGCCAGACCUGGCGCUAGCUUGGGGGUUCUAGGUACAGGUUCCCUUCUCGGGUUGGGGCUUCCAGAUCAGUUUGGAGUGGGCCAGAAGUCCUGCAACCCCACCCAGCCCUGCUAGCUCGGGAAGCCCACAGCGGUGGGCACAAUGUAGUUGGAUGGCCGAUGCUGGCGUAGUUUUGGGUCGUAGGCUCAGCCCUGCCUUUUCAUGGCAGUGUCUCUCCAUCCCGUGAGCAGCAGCGUUGGCUAACUUCUAGGCCGAUAGCCCAUUUAUUCACGUCUGAAUUGGGCAAUUUAUACAACAGAUUCUGUAGCUUUAUCCUGGCUGGCUGCCUGGGACCCUCGGUGGAAACGGAGCCUGAAUCGCAGGGCGGUGAGCCAGUUGUCUGCAGGGCUCCCGGGUCUGGUUUGCAGGCAGUAGUCCGGGCCCCUGGCGGGGAGGUCGGUCGGCCCAUGGACUCCGUCCUCACCCACAGGUCUCCUAUUCCCUUUGAUGGGAGUCGUGUUCACGGAAAGGCAGCCGCGUCUGUCCUGCUAGAAUGGGGCCAAGUGCUUCCUUGGGACGUUUCCCUCGAGGGAGCCAGGCGUCACUCAGCAAUGGCUUUAGCCUUUCCUGCUGGCUGACCCCCGCUCCCAUCUGCUGGCGCAGGCUUGGGGCACGGCUGCCCCCUCUGGUCCAUGCGGCCUGGGGAAGGAGUGCAGCAGGUGUGACAUUGUGAGUGUAAUACAAUAUCUCAUUGAAAGGUGACAGGGCCAGAAAGAGUUAAUUAACUCAGACUGACCUGACCCCUGGCCGAACUUUAGAGACUGGUUAGGAAGAUCCGUAAAUGAAUAGAGCUUUGAAAUGCAAGU